GUUUGGCAUAUGGGAAGCUGCACGGAAUCUCGAGGAAAACGUGAAGACCGAUAUCGUGAAUAUGCUGGAAGGCUGUAAUUUGAAGAUGGAGGAUGUUAAAGUUGAUUAAAAUCGAGCCUCCACGCCGAUGGGAAUUGCAGUUCCAGUCAUGGAAAGCUUUUGACAAUGCAACUAGGGUGAUUUCCAGGAAGGGCCGCCUGUAUAAAUUGGAGAGGGCUAACCGAUCGCAGUGGGACAAUCUUACUUCCCAUGAUGGAAAAACUAGCAUGAGAGUCCAAUUUGCAUCACUGAAACUGAGCAUUCCUCCAACCUUUUUGCCUGAACUAGGAUUCGAUCACCAUGUGCAUCUUCACAUUGAACCAGCAAUGAAGGGUCAACUAUGUCCAUGGCAUGGUCAGGCAUUGCCAUGGUCGCGAACUGGUGAAUGCUUGGACCAUCUUUGAAGAUGUCAUCUGUAGGUUUUCUUCCUAUGAAUAUUUCUAGCAACAAUAUUCCAAAGCUGUAAAUAUCUCCAAAGAUGGAAACUUGGCCUCCCAUGCCAUACUCUGCCAUUCAACAGAGACAUCAUUACUGAAUUUGGCCUAGUGAUAUGUUAUUAGGAAGAGAAACACUAGAAGUGACAGAAACUCAUACCUGGAGGAAUGUAGCCUAUUGAACCUUUUAACCCGGUUGAUAGGGUUUGACUUUGAGAGGGAUCAUCAGACGCCUCCAAGAGGAACCUUGCUAAACCAAAGUCACCAACGUGAGCCACACGAUGUCAAACAUGGUGUAGAAACAUGAAGAACUAAGAAGAAAGAAGAAGGAGAUACUCAGAGAGGAAGAAAGCACUUUUAUCGUAUAUUUUCUUAAUAGUCAAUUUCACUCUUUUCAGACUUAUAUAGUCUUAUCUUCUUACAACAAGCUCAAUUGUAUCCUAAUCUUUACGGUUAGGACUAACAAACUCUAGUAAUCUAAACACACUCUAAUAUUGACAGAUGUCACAAUCUAAA